AUGGCAAAUACAAAAGCUACGAAAACAGAUGACGAGAAUAUUAAUAUAAAUUUUCCACGAUUAAUUACGACACCAACAAAUCGUAUUUUAAAAAUUGAUACGAAAUGUACUUCUCAUAAUUUAUCGUUAAACAUUACAAUGGAAAAACCAUUUAAAGGUGUCAUUUUUGCUAAAGAUUUUCCACAAGAAUGUAAAACGUUAGGUAUUUUUGAACAAGUAAUUUCAUUAAAUUUACCAACACGUGGCUGUGGGGUACGAUUAGCAUCUUCGUCGUUAUCCAACAGCGCCAAUAUUAACAAUAUUAAUGAUGUCUCAGAUGAAACAAAUAAUUUACAUUAUACGGUAACUGUUAUUGUACAAAUGGAUCGACAUUUACGACAAAUAACGGAUCAAGAACGAACAAUAUCAUGUACACUUGACCAAAACGAAACGAAAUUACAUAGUAAUGCAAUGCGACAAGCAAUUAUGGAGAUGAUGAAGAAAGAUAUAAGAACAGCACGUAUGAAAAGUGAUUGGUCAACAUCAGAUUCCACAAGUAAUUUACCAUCAGAGGAUGAGAUUCAAAUUUUAGAUGAAUCGCGUGCAUGGAUGGAAAUAUUAGGUGAUCGUGAUGCAAAUCCAUCAUAUAAUGCGGAUGAUACUGUUAAAGUUGGUGAUACAAUGACACUAACGGUUAAAUCUACAUUACCAGAGAAUAUCGGAUGGAGAGUAAUCAACUGUAUGGCCCACGAUGGAAUCGGUGAUUCAUCACAGAAACUCUUAGACGAUUUUGGUUGUCCAGUUGAUGAACAAAUUUUACCCGAAUUAAAGCUAUCAAAACCACGUAUGAUUGGUCCAAACACAAAUAAAAUUAUCACAAAACGUAAUCGUAAAGUAUCGGAAACAGUAUGGAAUUCACGUUCAAAACGUGCUGUAGUGAAAAAAACUGGUGAAGAAUUAAAAGAAUAUAAUGGUGGUAGUGAUCUAGAAAAUUCGGAGAAAAAACAACCGUUAUCAAUGAUGCGAUAUCAAGAAGCAUCAGCGAAAUUUUCAGCAUUUAAAUUUCCAGAUCGUGAUCGAUUACAUUUAAGUUGUGGAUUACAAUUAUGUAAAGGAAAAUGUCAACAGAUUGAUUGCAAGUCCCUAAAUCGAGCAUCACGACAUCUUGUGAAAAAGAAAACUAAAGGCAAUUCGUCAACAUCGAAGGAUGUUGAAUUGAAACCUGACACAACUAGCACGCCAAAUGUACAAGAUGAAAUUUUGGAUACAUUAGAAGUAUACAAUAGUGUUGAAGUAAUUGCUCCAGAUAUUGAAUUGGAUGAUUACAGAGGGCGUUCUUUAUUUAAAGAAUCAACACCAAAAAGAAAAACUAAACUAAUUACCAACAUUCCUGGCGAUCGUACAUUUUGUGUAUCAACGAAUAAAAUGGCGUUAACAUUUUGUAUACUUGGAGUAAUAUUUAUAAUUGCAGUAGUCGUUGCAAUUAUCUCUCUAUUACGCUCACGACGAAAAGAUAUUCGAUCAUACUACAGUCGUAGCGUAUUCUCGAGCAGUACAAGCACCGGAUCUGGUUUUGGUGGCAGUAAAUUAUUGCUACAUGAAAGUCCAUGUUUAGGUGUUGCCCGAAGUUGGCAAUAUGGACGAGCAUUCUAAAUAAAUAAUUUCUUAUGGGGGUAGUAGGGUAUAAAAAGUGUACUUUUACGUUUUUUAAUAUUUCUGUAUUCUAAAUAUUUUAAUUUUGUAU